UGUCACUUCUCCGUUAACAACAACAGCGCGUUUGGCUUUUCUACCUCCCACAACAAUAAAAGGGACUUACCUGUUUAAAAAACAACUCGUCGAAACUUUAUGUGAGCGUGGGAAAAACACGCAGGUGUUGAGGUUGCACCGUGGGCAGCCAUGCUGUCAGACACUGAUUAUUCGGGGAACACCUCUGCCGCUCGAAAAGCCAAGAGAAGAAACUCUGGAGAAUCACCAGGUGAAGGCCAGGCCCUACGCUCCUCUGGUCGACAGCCUAACGUUCGAGUGAAGCGCAGCAACAACCCUCCACCUGGACAGAGCAAGAGAAAAGCAACGGACACAGAGGAGGAAGACGAACAGUCGGAGAAAAAGUACAGGAAGUGUGAGAAAGCCGGAUGCUCCGCCACAUACCCUGUGUGUUUUGCGAGCGCGUCUGAAAGGUGUGCUAAAAAUGGCUACACGUCUCGAUGGUAUCAUCUCUCCUGUGGUGAACACUUCUGCAAUGAAUGCUUCGACCACUACUACAGAAGUCACAAGGACGGCUACGAGAUGUUUGCAUCCUGGAAGAAAUUGUGGACAAGCAAUGGUAAAAGUGAGCCCAGCCUCAAAGCGUUCAUGGCGGAUCAGCAGCUGCCCUUCUGGGUUCAAUGCACCAAACCGGAGUGUAGGAAGUGGCGUCAGCUGACCAAGGAGAUCCAACUCACCGCAUCUCUGGCAGCAACGUAUCGCUGCGGCAUGAAAUUCAACAACAUUAAGAGUGAGGGGCCAGACCACUGCUCCCAACCAGAAGAUCUGAGAGUGGCUGAAGUGACUGACAGCUGGUGGCAUUCAAUGCUGAUCCUGCCGCCGCUCUUCAAAGACAGUCCAGCCGGCCCCUUCCUCGCUGCCUACUACCCUGACUGUGUGGGGAUGAGUCCUUCAGGCUCCAUCAGCCACGUCUCCCAAACUGAUCUGAGGGCAGAUCACAGAACUGUACAGCCCCAAAUUCCAGGUUUGUGUCCGUACUUCCAGCCUUUCUACCAGCCUAACGAGUGUGGGAAAGCUCUGUGUGUCCGACCAGACAUGAUGGAGCUGGACGAGCUCUACGAGUUUCCAGAGUUUUCCCGAGAUCCCACCAUGUACUUGGCUCUGAGAAACCUGAUCCUGGCUUCGUGGCACAGGAACUGCAAGGAGAUGCUGACUGUGCAGAAGUGUGCGGAGAACGUCAUCGUCCGCGGUUUGGUGCGCGUCCGCUGCGUCCAGGAGAUGGAGCGUGUGCUGAACUUCAUGACCAGGAAGGGUUUGAUCAACACUGGAGCGCUGGCCGUCACACAGCCACUUCUCCCUGAGAAAUUCUGCACCAAAAAGGUGAUCGUUGUCGGUGCAGGAGCCUCAGGUCUGGCUGCUGCGCGGCAGCUGCAGAACUUUGGCACUCAGGUGCUGGUACUAGAAGCAAGAGACAGAAUCGGAGGACGAGUUUGGGACGAUUCGUCUCUGGGCGUCACCGUAGGUCGAGGAGCUCAGAUUGUCAACGGCUGCGUGAACAAUCCCAUCAGCCUCAUGUGUGAACAGAUGGGAUUCAAGAUGCACAAACUGGGGGAGCGCUGUGACCUGUUCCAGGAGGGAGGACAGAUCACUGACCCGGCCAUCGACAAGCGCAUGGACUUCCACUUCAACGCCAUCUUGGACGUCGUGUCAGAAUGGAGGAAGGACAAGUCGCAGAACCAGGAUACACCACUGGGAGAAAAAGUCCAGGAAGUAAAGAAAAACUUCCUGCAGGAGUCUGGGAUCCAGUUCAGUGAGCUGGAGGAGAAGGUUCUUCAGUUUCAUCUCAGUAACCUGGAGUUCGCCUGUGGGAGCACUUUGGACCAGGUAUCAGCCAGAUCCUGGGACCACAACGAAUGUUUUGCCCAGUUCUCAGGAGACCACACUUUACUCACCAAAGGCUACUGCGUCUUACUCCACAAACUGGCCGACGGCCUGGACAUCCGGACCAAGUGUCCGGUUCAGUCCAUCGACUACUCAGGUGACGUGGUCAAAGUGACCGCCGCUAAUGGCUCUCAGUGGACGGCGCAGAAGGUUCUGGUUACGGUGCCACUUACUUUACUCCAGAAGAACUUGAUUCAGUUCCAUCCUCCACUUCCUGAGAGGAAACAGAAAGCGAUCCACAGUCUGGGAGCUGGGAUCAUAGAGAAGAUCGCUCUUCGGUUCCCACACAGAUUCUGGGACAAAAAAAUCCAAGGGGCCGACUACUUUGGUCACGUCCCACCGAGUCCUGACCAGAGAGGGAUGUUCAGUGUCUUCUACGACAUGGAUCCACAGGGGAAGCAGGCCGUCCUCAUGUCCGUCAUCACUGGUGAUGCAGUUUACGCUGUCGGAGACAUGGAGGACAGGGAGGUGGUGCGCGAGUGUAUGACGGUUCUGCGGGAACUUUUCAAGGAGCAGGACGUCCCAGAUCCGUUACAUUACUUUAUCACUCAUUGGCGCAAAGACAUGUGGUCGCAGAUGUCAUACAGCUACGUGAAGACAGGGGGCAGUGGAGAGGCUUACGACGUCCUAGCUGAAGACAUUCAGGGCAAAGUCUUUUUUGCUGGAGAGGCCACCAACAGACACUUCCCUCAGACUGUGACAGGAGCCUACCUCAGCGGCGUCAGAGAGGCCAGCAAGAUGGCUGCCGUGUAAACAUUUAAAACUCACGACCAGAAUCACUUCAACACACCAGCAUGGACGCACGGCGAGAAAACGGGCCGUUCGUCCGUCUCCAGCCAGUCUGUUUCACCAUACGAUGCCGCUUCACUGUGACUGCACACUCAAUGUUCAAUGUUCCAUGACACUGAGUGUCUGGUCAUCAUCAGUCAAGGAGUCGGGUCCAGCUGCCCAGGAUGUGACGUCACAUAUUUAACACAACAUUUAUUUUAUUUACUGUGUCUACUUUUUAGAUGAAGAAGAAAGACUCUUAAAUCUACAGGAACAGGAAAGGUGUUUUAUUUUGAAGUGCAUCUGCUGUGCUAAAAAAACAGGAUGGAGUUCUGUGUGUGUUCUGAUUGGUGUGUUUAGGUUCUGGAAAGAAUUUGGUCAUACUUUUCAAGUGUUGGUAGUUGAACAGCGGUCAUGAAUUAGCCUUGUGUUGCAUGUGGAAGCAUGUUGGUAAAUGUAGCGUAGUCCAAUGGAUGAGAGGUUGAAACUCCUGUUAGCUCUUCUGUGAUAGCACUUUGUUUUCAUUCAGUUUAACUAUUUGUUCUAGAAAAAAAGAAUGGCUCGUGUGGGAAGAAGAACAUCCUUACUUUGGUCUCGACUGAUCAGAAGACCCGAUCACAGGUUCUCAGGGAUUUGAUCACAAUUGAUCCACAAACAGCAUUUAACCAAGGAUCGCCGUCAAAGAAAGAAAAAAAAAAACGACACUUAAGUAGAAAAAUCUACUUUUUAAUUCUAUUUAUUUGUGAGCAUACACACUAAGUCAUCACCAGUGUCUUUAAUAAUGUCGACUAAUGAUGCUUUCCAUGUGGAGUUGGUUUCUUUGUGUGGAAAUCAACACUUUUUAUUGAUCAUGUCCUGUGUGUCUGAUAUGUCAGUGCUUGAGUAUUUAAAUUCUGUGUGUGUGUAAUAAAAAAGAGCAAUGAACUGCCAACAGCAGCUCAUUGUGUCUGCUGGUUUUUUA